AUGAAUAAUAGGGCCCUUUAUAAUCGUUUACCAUAUUAUAAUUCUUAUCAAAGAAUUGAUUAUAGUAGUCAUUCAAGUUUUAAUAGAAAUAAUAAUCAUAAUAGGUUUUUAGAAAAAUACUAUAGGGAUGAUUUGGAUGAUGUUUCUAAUAAAAAUAGAUUUUCAUAUCAUUGUGAUCAACGUAGUAAUAAUCAUAAUCAUAAUAAUAGAAAUAAUAAUAAUAGUAAUAGUCAUAAUAAUAGAAAUAAUAACAAUAAUGAUAAUAAUAAUAGUAAUAAACAUAAACAUAAUAAUAGUAAUAGUCAUAAUAAUAGAAAUACUCAUAAUGAUGAUGAUAAUAAUAAUAGUAAUACUCAUAGUAAUAGAAAUAAUCAUAAUAAUGAUAAUAAUAAUAGUAAUAAUCAUAAUAAAGAUAAUGACAACAGUUAA